AUGAAUUUAAUACUAAUUAGUGCAAAUAUAAUUUACAAAAAUGAUGGGGACUAUUUAUUUAAAACCGAUGGAAGACAAACAAGUCAUUUAAAAAAUAUUUUAAAAGUUAAUCUAAAUCAGGUAAUUAAAGUUGGAGUAAUUAAUAAAGGUAAAGGGGAAGGAAUUAUUUUAGAAGAGAAUCCAAAAUUUUAUAUAAUAAAAUUAUUAACUCCUAUACAUUUAGAAAAACCUCAAAAUAAUUUUUUACCUAUAGACGUUGUUUUAUGUAUACCUCGACCAAAAGUUUUAAAUAAAGCACUUCAACAAUUAUCUUCUGUAGGUGUUAAAAAAAUUAUUAUUGUAUUUUCAGAAUAUUCAAAUAAAUGCUAUGAAUCCAGUAAAAUGCUAAAAAAUAAUGAAAUAAAGCUUGCACUUCAAUUAGGAUUAGAACAAGCUAUGUGCACAAACUUUCCGAAAGUUUAUAUGCAUUAUACAUUUAGCUCUUUUUUUAUGAACAUUCAGAAUUAUUGUGAUGAAAAUACAAUAAAAGUGUGUGCACACACAGAUUUAAAAAAAAAAAAUGAAUACUCCCUUGAACAUUCUAUUUUAAACAAAGAAAAGGGAAAAAUACUUUUAAUGCUAGGAUGUGAACGAGGAUUUUCAGAUUUAGAAAUUUAUUUAUUACAAAAAUUAAAUUUUAAUUUCUUAAAUUUAUCAGAAAGAAUAUUAAAAUGUGAAACCGCUUUGUUAAUAAUAAUUGGGAAGCUACUUUUAUUAACAGAAAAUGUGUCACUACGACCAAAUGGCAAAAAAAUGGUUAGGUGGUCAUCAAAAAAAGAAAGUUAUAAUAUGACUAAUGCUAAUGAAGCGGACUCAAAUGAAUCCACAAAACAGGAAAAAAAAAUAAAUACCAAUUUUGAUUUUCAAAAUAAAGCAGAACUAAUUAAAAAAAUAAAAAAUAUAUUAACUGAUCCAGAUAUUCCUGAACAGUUAAUAAAUUCUAUGACUAAUUUUAUUCGCAAUCAAGAAAAUGAUGAACAUGUUAAUAAAAAUAACGACAGUGAAAACAACAAUAUACAUGAACAGGGUGACCAUAUAAUUAAUAGUAUUUUAAGAAUUAUAAAAUCGUUUAAUAACGAAGAAGAAAAUAAUUUUCAAUGUGCAUACUUAAGUUUGUUACUUAAAAAAAUAAAAUAUAAAAAUCAACUUGAUACAUCAUAUAAUGACAUAAAAAAUAAUGUAGAUGAAGAUGACGUAUUUAUAUAUAGAACUCAAAGGUACAUGUCCAAAAAAAAAAAUUCUUAG